AUGCAUCCUUUGGAUAACACAAACGUCGAAAGCUUCACGAUCCCUGGCGCGAAAGUUUUUGAUAGAUACUUCCAGUGUCCACUAGAUUAUGCAAAUGAGGCAACAAGUCGAAAAAUCAAGGUCUUUGUUCGUCAUUUAGUUCCUGUAGAUAAAGUCUCCGAGAUGAAACGAAUGCCUUUUUUCCUUUACCUUCAGGGUGGACCGGGUUUCGAGUGCGCAUUACCAAGCAGUGCCUCGUCGGGUUGGGUAAAAGUAGCUUUCGAAAAGGGGUACCAGGUGCUUCUGCUCGACCAGCGUGGCACUGGCUUUUCCACUCAAAUCGCUGCUGAAUCUCUUGAAGCACAAUUUCAUACAGACGACGAAAAAGUAGAUUAUUUGAUGAACUUCCGUGCAGAUAGUAUUGUGAAGGAUUGUGAGCUGAUUCGCAAACGACUUACUGCUGGCCGGACGGAUAAAGAAGAGACUCGUCUUACCUUGCUGGGUCAGAGCUUUGGCGGUUUCUGUAUCCUAACAUACCUUUCAUUAUUUCCCAAAUCCAUUCAAAAUGCUUACAUUACUGGAGGUGUCCCACCAUUGGUUGAUGAUCCUGACAAAGUUUAUAGAGCCCUCUAUCCCCGUAUAUUGAAAAAAAACGUACUAUAUUACAAUAAGUUUCCUGCGGAUAUCGCCCGGGUUCAAAAGAUUCACAAAUACCUAUCUACAAAUGGAGUGACCCUUCCGAAUGGUGGUAACCUAUCAGCACGCCGCUUCUUGCAGUUAGGGUUAGCUUUCGGAGGUUCCGGAGGUUAUGAUGCUGUGCAUGCUAUUGUUCAGUCUGCUGCAAACGAUCUUGAUCGGCUUGGAAAGCUUAGUUUCCGAACUCUUAGUACCAUUCAAACCACUCAAAGUUGGGACACAAAUGUUAUUUACGCCAUUUUGCACGAAGCAAUCUACUGUCAAAACAAACAUUCGAGCCGUUGGUCUGCCGAACGUAUCCUCAACGAAGCGCCUUUUUCCAAGAUUUUUGAGUGGCGUCUUGAGAACUUGUAUGAUAACCGUCCUAUUUACUUUACAGGUGAAAUGAUAUAUCCUUUUAUGUUGGAUGAUUAUGCAGAAUUACGUCCCCUGAAAAACGUGGCUAACCGAUUAGCGGAAACGCGUUGGGGACAACUUUAUGAUAUCCAUGUAUUAAACAAUUUGGAAGGUGUUCAAGUGGCUGGUGUUAGUUACUUUGACGAUAUGUACGUUGAUCGUAAACUAUCCGAGCAUACUGCUAGUGAAGUCAAAGGAUUUCAACAAUGGAUUACAAAUGAAUAUGCACACAAGUAA